UAUUAUGGGAAGGAAGAGGAAGCCUGAUCAUCCCCGGCGCAUGAUAUCUGAUGUGCUACAUAACAGGACAUUAGUAGCACCACCAUCAGAGGAGGCAUCACAUUGGCCACCAUCGGAGGGGCCAUUAGUGCCACCACCAUCUGAGGGGCCAUUAGUACCACCAUAUCGACCACCAUCAGUGGCACCACAGCAGCUACCAUGUACUCAGCCUCCACGCCUACCAUCGGUGCGUCCACCAUCAGUGGCACCACAGCAGCUAUCAUCAUCAGCUUAUGAGCCAUCUGCAGACCCUUCGACUUCUUCACAGCCUACCUCAGGUUUAUUUGAUAUGAUUUGUAUUCACAAUAUUUAA